UUUUGUAAUGUCUGAUUGGCUAGGGAUGCUGCGUAGUCAUUGGCUGCGCUUGCGACAUCUUUUAAGGGUGGUGAACCCUUGUUGAGGUCUCUAUAAAUGAUGCUGCAACAUCCGCACAUUAACUCAGUGCGUCGGCAAAGCUUUACGUGUGCAUAACAUCAUUGACUGUGAACUAAGAAAGCGAAAUUUCAGGGCAAGUUCCGUGAUUGCAUUUCUUCAGGUGCAGUCAACGCCAUCAUGGUCUAUGACAUGACACAUUUGGCACCGGCGCCGCCGCAAAGCAUCUCGCUGAGCCGCUACUACAACAUGGAGCAGGACGAUGAGCUGGCGGCGGCCAACAAUGCGCUGGCCAACGGGCAUGUGGGUCAGGAUUACGCCGCGAGCACCACACUCGAUAUCGAUCAGCGUUUCCAGGCACGCAUCGCAUGCGAGACGGCAGCACAGCCAGCUCCACCGCCGCCUCCAACGCCGGCGCCACGACGUCGGACGACACCGAUUGCCCACUUGGAUCCCUCGGAGCUGGUGGGUUUGUCGCGCGAGGAGCGGCGACGUCGCCGACGUGCCACACUCAAGUAUCGGACGGCGCAUGCCACAAGGGAACGCAUUCGGGUGGAAGCGUUCAAUGUCUCGUUUGCGGAGCUGAGGAAACUGUUGCCCACCCUGCCGCCGGAUAAGAAGCUAUCGAAGAUCGAGAUCCUCAAGUUGGCCAUCUGCUAUAUAGCGUAUCUGAAUCAUGUCCUAGAGACACCCUGAGAUACCGCCAACGCCUCCAGCUGUCGAAGCCAGUUGCCAGGCGCCAUGUUUCUCACUCUUCCACACGAUUAUCAGCCAAACGAACUCAACUAAUGAGCCAUGUAAAUCCACAACUAUAUAGUGUAUAGCUCCAUAUCGAUAUAUGUAUAUCUUUAGUCUAUUAAUGUGUACUGUAUAUUAAGCUUUAGAUAAUAUCUUUUUUUUUGUUAGCAUCUAAUUACGUGAUAUCUGUUCAAAAAAGGUACAGCAAUUAAUUGAUUAAUC